AGCGAUUUUACAUGAAUGUUUCUGUAUUUGGCAGUCCCGCCUACAGUGGAAUACCCUGAUCGAGCUGGCAUGAAGUGUAUGUGUUACGAAAACCUUAUGCAUAUUAUAAAAGAACGAGUGAAUAUUCCUCCGCCACGGAUAUACAGGGUUCAGAAGGAACACGUGCCUAAAAUUAGGUUAGAAGGCACCAGACCAAGCUGGACAAGAAAAGCUAUGCAAGGAUUCUACAGCAACCAACAGCUACAAUAUCCUUUAACCACCAUAAUCGUAAGAUGGCAACUCAAACGGAAGUUACCGAAAUACGACCCGGAAACAUUAAAAUCCAUUUUCGCGCAAUAUGGAGAAAUUAAGGCUAUUCGAAUUUUAAGCCCAAACAGUUGUUUGAUUAUUUUCAAGGACAUUUCGACGGCAUGCCGCGUGAUCCAGGCACGUUGUCUUGGUGAUCCAAUGAAUAAGCUGACAUGCACGUGGUGGCACAAAUCAAUGGCAAAUAAAUGCGUAGCUGCACGUGCAAAGGGAGUUUCGAUAAAAACUGAUGUUUUCAUUGUUUAGUUGUUUAUUUUUGAAUAAUUUGCUGAUAAUCAAAUUAACAAAACUGUAGGCAUUACAA